CCCAAGCCGUGCAGCAGCCUCGACCUCAUUCCACCCAGCCCAGCCAACCACUCCGAUCCGCCCAGCCAGUUCUUGUCCCCCAGCAAGCCAGACUCGUCGCCGUCGCCAGCAACAAACCACACAACAACCGCCAAAAUGGGUCGUCUUCACUCCAACGGAAAGGGAAUUUCAGCCUCCGCGCUCCCCUACUCGCGGACUGCCCCCGCGUGGCUCAAGACCACUCCCGCCCAGGUCGAGGAGCAGAUCUGCAAGCUCGCCAAGAAGGGUGCCACUCCUUCCCAGAUUGGUGUCGUCCUCCGUGACGCCCACGGCAUUGCCCAGGUCCGCAUCGUCACCGGCAACAAGAUCCUCCGCAUUCUCAAGUCCAACGGCCUCGCUCCCGAGCUUCCCGAGGAUCUGUACAUGCUGAUCAAGAAGGCUGUCUCCGUCCGCAAGCACCUCGAGCGCAACCGCAAGGACAAGGACGCCAAGUUCCGCCUCAUUCUCAUCGAGUCCCGUAUCCACCGCCUGGCCCGCUACUACAAGUCUGUCGGUGUCCUGCCUCCUACCUGGAAGUACGAGUCUGCCACCGCCAGCACCAUUGUCGCUUAAGCGAGCUCCUCAUUCAUCUUCUCCAUGAAACGCGAAGAGUCGAGAGUCGAGAUCGCGCGUCGCAAAGGGGGUGUCGUGUGCUCCGCCGUGUAGCUGCUUGCAACAUCGGAUCAAGAAAACCCGAGUGCAACGGCACAGCCGUGAGCCCGGCGUGGUUAGCAAAAACUGUUGUUUGUCUCAGAGAUAUUACCACCCUUUUACUU